GAAACGGGAAGAGAGGCAAAAUCACAAUUAUCCGAAAAUGGUUUCCGACAACUCAUCCAAACCCUCCUCCUCCAGAGACAUGUUCGCGGUGACUCCGGACGACGAUGAGCAGCCCCCUCCUUCCUACGAAGCUGCCGUCUCCAACGGGUCGAAUUUUUGCCCAACAGACACCUCCGUCACCACGUCAGCAACAUCAUCGACAAACCUGACCCUACCCCGGCAGAGCAGCACCAGCACCACUCCUAUCCCUUCCCCUUCUCAUCCUUAUCCCCGGAACAACGGCAUGUCCCCCCUGCGCAUCCCCCACAUCGACAGCCACCAACAAGGCUACCGGCCUCCGCGACCCAUGAUGUCGCCGUCGGCAUCCUCGUCUUCUUCUUCCCCUUCUUCCUCGUCCUGGCGUGACGGGCGCGACGACGACGACCACGACCAGUGGAAACAUUUUGGGUGGCAGAUGACGCCGGAGCAGCUGGCGGCGCUGGAGGGCCAGCCGGGCUGCUGCUUCAGCACGCGUGGCGGGUGCUGCUUCAGCGACCUGGGCGGCUGCUUCUUCGGCGACACGGGCGGCUGCUGCUUCUCGAGCAACGGGGGCUGCUGCUUCAGCGACCGCGGGGGCGCCUGCUUCAGUGAUCGCGGCGGGUGCUGCUUUGCAGACCGGGGUGGCUGCUGUUUCGGGGAUCGGGGCAGUUGUUGUGGUUGAUUCUUUGUUUUUGUUUUUAUCGUUUUUUCUCUCUCGGAGGUUUGACCGGGGCCCUUUUUUUUUUUGCAAGGUGGUUGGGUUUAAGGAAGGAAGGGAUAUACGGUGUCAUAAUUACCCCUCAAGGAGUAGGGUUGUUGGAUGGAUUUGAGAAGGUAUGAUGAUUUACCUAAUUAGUUGCACUUGGCUCAUUCAAGCAGACGGAGUUACUCUGCGGCAUGGCCUUAGGCCAUCGUUUUUUUCUUGGAAAGUACAACGUCUUGUACGUGAGGAAGGGGGAAGGUGCCUGGAGAUAUUUGAAUUCUGGCGUUUGGUUAUACCCCGCGUUGGAAGGGAUUAUCUCACAGAGCUUGCGCAACUGGAAGAGCCUCCCAGCCUUCGAGUUGAUGUAUGAUUAUACAUACAUGUGACGGAUUCAUGUACGCACUCGAGAUGUUCUUAUAUCCAGAAAUACCUGACAAGCUCUCCCCUCCCC